GAUUUAGCCAAAAACCGCAUAAAAAAUGGUCAAUCCAAUCCCCCGGAGGCCUAGCGAAAAUAAUUUCGCCACUCUGGCGACGGUUGCACGACUCCGACAACUCCGAAAAUUUCAUUCGUAAUGGCCGCCCAUAAGUAAAAACGUGUCCCGCUGCUGAAGAACAAAUUCGAUCGUUUACGCUAGCGAAACCAAUUGAAUAUAGCUAAAAACGAUUUUUAUCAGUCAACCGAUAACACAAAAGCCAAGGCGAAAUAAUAAUAAAUAAUAACAACAAGAGGAAGAAACAAGAAAAGAACCAACUUUUGAUAAAGCCAAAAUACGAUGAUGAACUGAAAUGUGCAAAUUUGAUGAACGUAAUUAUGCCAAUUCACACAGGACCUUCGAUUUCAACGUGAAAAAUGUCGUCGACACAUUUGCUGCAUUCACUGUCACUGUUGUUGCUACCACUGCGUUGUCGUCGUAAUUGCCACCAGAUCGUUUCCUUGGCCAUUAUCCUGCUGUCGUCGCUGUCAGCCAGAAGAAUCCCCCAGGAUCAAGGACGACGACAGCCGAGGCAAGAGGAGGAGGAGAGGGAGGAGGAGGAGCGGAAGCGGGAGGAGGGUGUCCCGGGGGAGGAGGACACGCCCUAUAUAGUCGCCAAUCCACACCCAAUCCUCACCAGCAGUGGCACUACGUCUUCGGCCAGGGCAACGGGCACAGGGGCUGCGUUAACCAGCUGGCAGAGCAGCCACAGCCACCGCAGCCCCGGUGCUCAGGAUCGGGAUCGGUGUCAGGAGCAGGAUCAGAAGGAUCGGAAGGAUCAGCACCUUUUGUACCAGAAAAAUCCUCCGCUACAGCUAACAAUAACGAGUAGAGGAGCACUCACAUCCGCAGCGCAGAGCACGCAUCGGAGUAGAUCCUCCUUCCGAAUCCAAAGUAGCAGUAGCAGCCCGAGUCCCACUGUUUACUGCAGUUGGACAGCCGGAGCAGGCGCCUUAGCAUCCAUAGCCACAUAAGCAGCCGAUUCCACUAGGCAAAACACUCAAAACACAGCCACAGCAACAGCAAAUAGAAACGUUCCACACACCACAAAAACACCCAAUACCACCUCCCCGAAACCCAAAAACAAAAGCCAGCAAGAUGUCGAAGCUUUCGUUCAGAGCCCGCCAUUUGGAUCCGUCCAAGCAGAUGCCCAUCUACUUGGCCGAGGAGCUGCCCGACCUGCCCGAGUACUCAGCCAUCAACCGGGCGGUGCCCCAGAUGCCCAGUGGCAUGGAGAAGGAGGAGGAGUCGGAACACCAUCUGCAGCGGGCAAUAUGCACGGGCCUCAUCAUCCCCACGCCCGAGGUACUGCAGACGGACCAGCCCUUUUACGAUGACUACUAUCCGCCGGACUACAAGAUGCCCCGCCAAAUGAUCCACAUGCAACCUCUUGGGCUGGACACCGAGGUCCCUGACUAUGAUAUGGACAGUGCCGAUGAGGACUGGCUCAGUCAGCAGCAGCGCCUGGAGCUCACCGAACUCAAGUUCGAGCAGAUGAUGGACCGCCUGGAAAAGAGCUCUGGCCAAACAGUGGUCACGCUUAACGAGGCCAAGUCGCUGCUCAACCAGGACGACGAGACCAGCAUAUCCGUCUACGACUACUGGCUAAACAAGCGCCUAAAGAUGCAACACCCGCUGAUUCUGACGGUGAAAACGGAGAGUCGACCUGGCGCCAGCUCCAACAAUCCCUAUUUGGCUUUCCGGCGACGCACCGAGAAAAUGCAAACCCGCAAGAAUCGCAAAAACGACGAGGCCUCCUACGAGAAGAUGCUUAAGCUGCGACGCGACCUGCAGCGCGCUACCACCAUAUUGGAGAUGGUGCGGCGACGCGAGGAGACGAAGCGCGAUCAUCUCAAGAUGACUGUGAGCAUCUUCGAGAAACGUGUCGAAAUGCGCGACUUUAACGGUGCUGUUUACUCGGAACUGAAUUCUCAGUACAAGCACACAAGACCCGCGUAUAAUCCAUUGUAUACGAAUCAAUACUCACAAGGGACAGCGGCGGGGGUAUCGGCUGGUGCCAUUCUGGCCGCCCUGCCCACGGGUCUGCUGCCGAGCGGAGUUGGAGUAGCGGGCAAUGCGAAUGUCUUCGGCUCAGGGUCGCAGUACCUGAACACGUCGAAUCUGGGUAAGGAUGCCAUCAACAGUGGCAGUGGGAACGGGAGCAGCAGUCGCAAGGAAAAGCGUCCAUACAAGAAGCGCAAGCACAAACUGCCCCGCGACAAGCAGCAACACCAGCAGCAGCCGACGCAGCAACACCAACAGCAGCAGCAACAACAGUAUUUGCCGGGUCUGCCGGCGUCUGGAGGCUCCGGAGUCUCGCCUGCGCACCACCUGCCCCACCACCUGCACCACCUCAGCAGGCAGCAGAGCGCCUCGCCGGCGGCCAACGACUCGAUCGCGGAUAGCGAGGAGGAGGACUACUUUGGUGCCCAGAAUGGCAACAAGCUGGGCUCCGAGAGCGAGGAGGAGACGCCGUUUGCAUUUAGGCGAAGGUCGAGCUGUAUUUACCUACCGACUCGACACCAAGGUGGUCGCUGGCCGUGGGACUCAGUCGACGAGGAGAUGGCGCCCAGUGCAAACUGUUCGGAUGCCAAAUACCGUUACACUCUGACCUCCCUCAAUUAUCCCAGGCCACGUUGCAUCGGCUUCGCUCGUCGUCGUUUGGGUCGUGGCGGUCGUAUUCUCCUCGAUCGCGCCACAACGAAUUUCGACGACUUCUGGUCACAGCUGGACUACACGGUGAUGGAAAGCUUGGUGGUCGAUAGAUGUGGCGACAAACCCAAGCAGGAGCACCUCGAGCAGUUAAGCAAACCCAAUUCGCCGCCAACAGUGGUGGAUUUGGUUCCUGCCGGAAAGCCCGUCGUCGAAGGAGAGCAGCCUGCUCCGGAGCUAAUAAAGGUGGAACCUCCCAGCGACGUGGAGAAGCCUGCAGCGGUUCCAGAAACGGGCCCAGAGAGCAAAGAACUCGAGGUCGAGGAGGGAUAUGAGAUUGAUGUAGAGGAUUUAUAUCUAGCUAGCGACGACGAGAAUGUGUCGCGGCUUGGAAUCUACAGCUCAGCGGUCACGUUGCCCCAGAACUCGAUAGAGCAUCGCCAGAAACGCCGUCGCCUGCGUCGCAAAAAGCAGCAGCUGCGAGAACUAAAUGCAGCCAAGCGUCUUAAAAGAUCUUCGGAAGCGGUGGCGACAGCUGGAGAGGUUCAGACGGAGGAGGAGGACUCCAAACCGGCGCUGGGUCCAUUGCCCAGAGCCUAUCUCCAGCGUCUGGCAUUGGUUUUGGGCAAGAAACUGAAAAAGGAAGAGGAUAAGGAUAAGGAAGUUUGCGAGAAUCUGGCACCAGAGCUGCUGGAUAAGAAGGAUUCGGAGCAGUUGCAUCCGCCGCGAGCCAAUCAUCAGCAGCACCACCGUUCCAAUAACAACAACAACAACAACACCGUGUUGAACAACAACAAUAGUAGUAGUAGUAGUAACGUUAUCAAUAAGGAUGUUAGCAUUAGCGAAAAAAUCAAUGUGAUAAAGCAGGAGGCGGAGGAGUGCGUCGGCGUCGCAGUCGGAGGUGAAGAUCAGCCGGUGGCCUCCACCUCGGCGGCAGCGGCCGCCGCUCGAGCCGCCGAAGAAGCCGCUGCAGCGGAGGCAGCCGCAUCGACGGGCACGCUUGUGGCAGCCAAUCCGGGACCCUCGCUGGAGGAGAUGGCCAAGACGAUAAAGCGCGAGCUGAUCGAUGCCGACGACUCCAACGAGCCGCUGAGCAGCAUCCGCACAGCAGCUGUCCUGCAGUCCACGCAACCCGAUCCCGAACUGAUGGACGAUGAGGCCGAGGACGAUGUCAAUCUCGCCCAACUGAGCAGCAUCAUCCGACACACGGCGGUCAAGAAGGAGCUGGAGGCCCAGCAGCAUCAGCAGCAGGUGGAGCACGAACAAAUGCAGGCCGCCAGGCGUAUGGAAGAGGAUGAUGCUGCGCCGUGCUUGAACCAGCUGCCAGAUGUGAUUCGCCUGCGGAAUCUGCGCAACAGCCAAGUGCAUGCGCGGCCCAAGGACCUGUUCAUCCAAUCUCCUGUUGAGGAUGAGUUCAAUGCGGACUACAUGGGAGGACUGUCGCCCACCUCCAGUCAGCGGUUGGACAUCUGCAAUGAGCUGCUCUCGGAGAUCAGGCGCGACUGGCUGCACUUCCGACCCAAAACACCCACGGAUGAACUGUCCGAUAGCCAGGACUGUGAAGUGGGCAAGUUAAACGAUAGUUACAUUGUCGAUUGGACCCAGGCCACGCCCAUCAAUGUGGAGCUGAGCCGUUUGGGCAAGCGCGAAGCGGAUGAAAACGAAUCCAACUCGUACUUCCUGAGCAGCGGCUUCAAGUACACGGAUCUCGAGUCGGAUGCCCAGUUGCUGCAGACGGUUCAAUGCCAGGAUUACGCCCGCGGUAGCAGUAAGAGUCCAAACUGCUCGGGUUCAGGAUCGGGAUCUGCCCUGGAAUUCAACCUGAGUGGCGGCGUCCUAAACGAUAUCAACAACCUGUUGGGCGACGAUGACGAGGACGACAACCACGAGCACAUGCUGGACAAUAUCCUGCAGGAGUGCGCCAUGGAUGACCCGAAGACUUUGAACCAGGCCACCAGCUUUUGGAAUGGUAUUCUGGAUGGCGAGGCAGCUGUGGACGAAGUGGAGAUCACCGACCAGCUGCUGGAUUGUAUAGACGAGAAGAAACCCAAGGUGGGAAAUGCCGAUCCAUCGAAGCGCGCUGGCCGCAAUCGCAAGACGAGACUAGCGCAAUGUCCGCUGGGUAGUUCCACCUUUACAGUGUGUCCCACUGUGGAAACUCUAAAGGAGCGUGAGCUCUUCUUCAGCCAAGCGCCGCCGGUGGUUGUUACGCCCAAGGAGGAACCGCCCGCGGAAGUGGAACAGUCGGAGGUGGUGGCGAAAGAAGCACCGCUUUUGCCUGUGAAGGUGGAGCCAGUGGAGAAACCCCAGGCGGAGAUCGUUCCUGUCGCCCCACAGACACAACAGCUGCAGCCACAAGCCAUUGCUCUGCCCACGACGCAGCUGAUCAACAUACCCGCCCAGAUAACCACGCAGAAGCAGCAGCAGCAGCAGCAGCAGCAACAACAGCAGCCGCAGCAGCAGCCCCAGGUGACGCAGUUGCUCAAUCAGUUCGCCAGCGCCGGUCCGCAGAUCAUCGCACGAACGGAAUACGGCGGAGGAGCGGCCGUUGGCGAUAUAGUGACCAUCACUCCGCACACGGGAAGCAGUCCGCUGCCCACGCUCACCGCUCAGCAGCAGUUGCAGCACCAGCUGGCGCAGGCCCAGCUCCGCAACGUGACCGUCCAGCAGCGACAGGCCGCGCCUCAGACCCCCAAUCAGAACCAGAAUCCCCAGCAGCAGUUGCUCUUCCAGAUGCAGCGGGAUCCCUCGCGCUCCCUGACGCCCCUGCAAGCUGCCGGCGCUGGCGCCACGAGCAACCACUUGAUCUACACCACCAGCUGCGGCGAGAUUGUCACGGCAGCAGCUGCGGCGGCGGCCAACCAAAAGGUCACCUACGCCAUCCAGAAGACGGGAGUCACCAGUGGAGGAGCCACAACCGCGUCCAUUGGACCCAACACGGUCAUCACGCUGUCCAACGUUAAGGUGCAGAACGAUGAUAGCUCCUCGGGGGCCAGCGGCAACACCGGUUCCAGUGUGAACAUCAUCAACACUGCCAGUGGCCAGCAGCUGGCCGUGCACAGCAUUGCCGGAAUGCAGCAGCAGGGACAUCAGCAGGUGCAGCAGGUGACCACCAGUACUCCCCUGCUUGUCGCCACGCCCACCCGCAACAAUGUGCAGCAGCAACAACAGCAGCUGGUGCAGCAGCAGCCGAUUGUGUGGCGCCAGAUGAGCGGCACCAACACGGCGGUGGCCACCACAGCGGUGCUCUCCACGACGGUGGACUCCUCGCCGAAGGCAGGAACCAAUCAGAUUAUCUGGACCAGUCGGGCAACCCAAAAACGGCAGCUCAACGGACCGGAGAAUACAGACAUCAACAAACUCCUGCUCAAUCGAAAGGUUCUGCGCAAGCAUAUGUUGCAGCAGCAACAGCAACAACAACAACAGCAGUGCAUCCAACUGACCAAGCAGCAGCUUCAACAAUUGGUACAGCACGAGGAGCUAGAGGAACUGGUGACAACAACGCCGGGCAACAACUCCGAGCAGAUGGACACGAGCGAUGGAUUGCAGCAGCAGCAGCAACAACAACAACAGCAGCAGCAGCAGAAGCUCAGCAAGGUGAUCAAGAUGUCGCAGUUUCCGCUGCUCGUGUCGGAUGUCAGUCUGCAGCAGCAGCAAUCGGUGGCUGGCCAGGCCCAACAGCAGCAGCUUAAGCCGAACUCGGCGGCAGCGAUUGCGGCCAACCACAACUACAGCCUGCAUCCUGCUUCGACGGCAAUCAUCACCGCACAGGCGACACCCCAGCAGGCCAACAAGAUCUUCCUGACCAGCAGCAAUAGCAGUGGCGGCGGAUCAUCUGGCAACUAUACCAUUGCAACGGCCACCGAACUGCAAACGGCGGCGGCCGCCAGUCAAAAGCUUCACUACAAGGAGCUGUCCAACUCCAACCUCAAGCUAAAUUUUGUCAGCAGCGCCGGCACGGGUGAGCAGGCGCAGCAGGUGGGCGCCACCACGGUGCUGCUGAACAAAUCCCAACAGCAGCAGCCGCAACAACAGCAGCAUCAGAAGCUCAAGACGCUGGCCACCGCAGGAAACUCACAAACUGUCCAGGGAGACAAGCGGGUGCUGUAUACGAGUCUGCUGAAUGUGAAGCCGCUGCAGAAGAACAACAGUGGCCAGAUGCAGAUGCAGUUGGGACCGGGCGGACUGCAGCUCAGGGGACGCCUCAACAAUUCGGCGAUCAUUACUAGAACCCUGCCGCUGGGAACCACUGUGAACAGUAGCGGUGGCACCGUGGGACCCACCACCACCACCAUUAGGCAGCUGGUUGCCACGAAUGCGAAUAAUGUGAGCACUCAGGACGGCAGUCUGCUGAGUGCCAAGGAGGUUGGCAAAGCUCUGACCGUGGAACAGGUGAUAGCCAGUGCCAACAACGGAGGAGUCGUACUGCCCACCAGCAACAACAAUAAUAAUAACAAUGGCAGUGGAGCGGGCGGAAACGGAGGAGGAGGAGCUGUGAGCAGUGGUGUGAGUGCCACGGGAGCUGGUGGAGGAGGAACGGCCGGGACGGGAGCAGGGGGAGCGGGAGUGACGUCCACCAUCAACAGAUGAGACGCGGAUGGCAGCAGCAGCAGCAGCUAACAUCGAGUACAACCCCCUUUGCAUCUGCCCAGCGGCACUUCGCUCAGUUUGGCAGCGACGCAGGCGGAGGCGGAGGCGGAAACCCAGGCGGUGGCCAUAUCCCUGCCUCUGGCCGACGCCCAAGUGGCCUUAAGCCAGCUCCUGCAGCAGCAGCCCCACUGCUGCUGCACCCUCUGUUUGGUCAACAAAAGCGAGCUGGUCUAA